CAAAGUGAGAUUAAAUACUCUGGGACUCCCACGGAAAUAAAAGACAGGGUAUAGUCCCCUGGUCACAGCCGUAUAUCGCAUUUGCUGCUAAAAUUUGAGACAAGUGUAAUGGCGGUCAAAGCUCAGUUUACUGAAGCCACUGGAAAAUUUUUUAUAAUAUAAUGGAAGCAGUAGAAGAAGAAAACAUUGUCAUGGAGGAGGGUGCUGAAGAUUUUGAGUUAACAUACUUCAAUGAACUUCCUGAAGAAUUGGUUAUAAAGGUGUUUUCUUAUUUGUCUCCAUACACUGACAGAAAAAUUGCAAAAUUGGUCAAUAAAAAAUGGCAUAGACUAAUUGUGGUUAUUGAACAUCAUUGUAAUAGAGUUUUUUAUGAAUCUAUCAAAUCCAGCAAUAUUAUGUGGAAGAUACGUAAACAAAGGUCCUACGAUAUAACUGAAACUCUUAUACCAGGAAAGGUAAAAGGAAGGUCUUUUCGCACUAAAGUUCAAAGGGCAAAUUUAAAUGAACCUCAUCCACGUUUUUCGCAUUCAUCUGUCAUAUUAGGACAGUAUAUGUAUGUAUUUGGUGGUGGAAGCUCAGAAUCAAAUGCAAGCUCGACUUUCAAUGACCUGUAUAAACUUGAUUUGUCCAAUUACACAUGGCAGAAAGUUAAAACAAAAGGAUUACUGCCAGCGCCAAGAGAGAGUGGCACACUGGUUUCUUAUAAACAGAGACCUAGCAAACAUUUAUAUAGAGCUAUUCCUUACAAAGGUAAAUUGAUUCUGUUUGGUGGAUGGUGUCAACCUCCACCUGGGGCAAUCCUUGUUGGUCCAAGAUUUUUUGAAGACACUCAAAUUUUUCAUGUACAUGAUUCUCGUUGGCAGCGCAUAAAUGUAGAUAAUAACUUCCCGACACCCCGUGCUGGUCAUGGUGCAUCUGUGGUUGGAAACAAAAUGGUUAUAUUUGGUGGAUCACAAAGAAAUAACAGAUUAAAUGAUGUUUGGGUGUUUGAUAUUGAUGCUUUAUCUUGGACUUGUCCAUAUAUUAGAGGACAAAAACCUAGAGAACGAUUUGGUCAUUCCCAGUUCACAUUGAAUGAUCGCAUGAUACUUGUAAUAGGAGGUUGUGGUGGCCCAAAUGAGCUUUUGAGUGACGCUUGGUUAUAUGACGUCACGCUGUGCACGUGGAUCCAACUGAACGUGGAGAAUCAAAUUUACGAACCGCCCGAUUUGUGGAGCCAUGCGUCUGUGCUUGUAAAUGGAGAUGUGGUAGUACUUAGCGAAGAAAAGAAAUGCCCAUAUUGCCGGUCGCCGAUUCAAAACUUUUCAGUACCGACUAGAAAACCGCAUGGUGAUGCAAAAGUCUGUUCGUGUGGGCGCAGAAAUCCAGAAGAUAUGAUAAUGUUCAAGCAGUCAUGUUUUCAAAUGUAUUUGCUCGAUUGUUCAAGUCUCCUUACGAACUCGACGUGUCGUUGGUUAAAUUAUAAAUACUUACAGCCUUCACCCCCGGCAAGAAGAAUGUUUUCUGUUAACUUAGGUAUUAAUGAAAUCUUAAUAUUCGGGGGGUUACAAAAUGUGAUGACGCAAGAAAGUAAGACUGAUAAUCAUACGAUAGUAAUUUCUGCAAAACCGAGUCUGUGACGUCAGAUCCGGCACCAAGCGUGUCGAUAAAGCGACUGAAAGUACGGUAAUGUUUAUAUAUUAAAGAUUUAUAGUUAUAAUUUGACUGUUCUUUA